AUGGCGAUUCGUGGCCUCUGCCUCGUCGCGCUUCUGUCCGUGUCCGUGCUCGCAGCGCUGACCCUUACCACCACGGCCGCCGCGCUUCGCGGCGGCACUCCGGAAGAUGGACUCCCGACGUCGACCACGAUUAGUACCACCGGAACCAGCACCAGCGCGGCUCGUACUAGAAUCGUUGCCAGCAGGCGCUCCCUCGCCACCUCGCCCAAAGCGUCAGACAAGAAGAGUCUGAAGAAGAAAUGUGCGGAUUUGGCGGGGAAUUGCUUGAAAAUGGCCGCCAACAUGCUGACUGGAAAGAACGUCGCAAAGAUGGCGGUUAACCACGCGGUUCCGGGCAGCGCGACAGCGAUCACCGCGAUGGAGGGCCUCGCAGCCGCGCGGAAGGGGGACAAGGAAGCCGCCAAGGAGGCCGCGAAGAGUGUCGCUAAGGCCGUGGUCUCGACCGCAGCUGGCGCGGUGGCGGGACCGCACGGCACACUCGCGUUCAAGGCGGGGGCCGCCGCGGCGGAGCAUGUGAAACCCAUCGUGGACGAGAAGUUGGCGAAGCGCAAGGCGGAGAAAGAGGAGGAACGCUGGGGGAGUGGGAUGAUAGUACAGGAAGAGGGGGCAUAG